AGUUUCUGACAUUUAUGCUGCGAGAGUGUUAUUUGUUUACGUUCGGCGGUGCAUUUUAGUCGGUUCAGUAGCAAAACUAAAUCCAAGUUUUAAUCUGUGAAUUUCACGUGUAAUGUUGCAGGUGAAGUAGUUCGAAACCGGUUAAAAAUGCGUAUGGCGAUCAAUACUCCGGAGGACUCCACCGUGAACGAGCGGUUCAUCAAACUGGUGGAGGAAACUCCGAUCCUGUGGAACCUUCACAUGCCGAUGUACCGGAACCGGGAAAUGAAGGAGCAAAAGUGGGCCGAAGUCGGGGCGCCCUUCAACUUGUCUGGUUCCGAAGCUUACAAAAAGUUUGUUGCCCUCCGGGAAAAGUACAAACGCGAGCAGAAGCUCCGCGAUUCCAAGGGCCUUUCCCAGACCGAAUGUUGGCGGCUGUACGAUAAGUUCAAGUUCUUGGACACGGUAUCGUUCUCGCGGGAUCGUCGGUGGAACAAACCGAAGUUGGUCAUCCAGCAGCGCCAGCACGGCAGCUUUCCGAUGGCCUCUCUGGCAGGGCACAAUUUUGUGUCGAUGAUCAAGAGCGAGUUUCCAGAGUUACAAUCAAACUCAACGGCGACAUCACCCAGCUAUCACAUGUCCGGCGAACCGUCGGAGAAUGAAUCGAACGGUGGCGAACCGUUCCAGGACAAUUCGGAAUAUUUCAACGACUCAAUGACGCACGGCGGCACGUCCGAGGGUGCGGACGGGGCAGAGUUUGGUGAGAGAAGCGAAAGCAUUCCGGAUGUUGCUCCGCAACCGCAAAGUGGUCCGUCACAGGAACAGCAGUUUUUAAACCGAUUGGAGCUCAAAACGAACGCCAUCCUGGAUGAACAACAUAAUCGCAGAAAGGACAGUUGGGCACGGUGUGAAACACUUGGGCACCGUGUUGCGCAAACAAUGUUCGCACUCGAGGAAAACGAUCCGGAUUUGGCGCUCAGGUUCGACAUCAUCAUGAGCGAAGCAAUCACCAGUAUUAAAAAGGACCAGCUGCAGCGGUUGAUGGCCAGGCAGCAGCAGGGCGAGGAACACAGGCGACAGAUGGAACUGCAGAUGAGACUGCAGCAGCAGCAGUCGGAUAGAACUGGGCCAGCCUCGUAGAAGACCCGAAGGUAAGAUUUGUGAUUUAUCUGUUUCAAAAUGACUGAAUUGUACGGCUAAGGAGUUGUGACGAUGCAAGAUAAGGGAGAUGUCUUUCCUGAUUGUUUGUAGUAUUUAUUUGUGACGAUUUAAAAUCACCCUUUCGAUUUCCUAAUGUGCACCUAAAUUCAUCCCGUCGUGCAACGUGGUACGAUUCGAGUAUCUUUUAGUCUUGUAAGCAAAAAAUUAAAUCAUACUAUGCUAAAA